ACAUGACCGCUUACUGACAGGAGGAGUACAAACAUGGCCGACGACACAGCGGAGGUAAACACAGCUGUUGAGCACAACGAGUCAAAACAAGAGUCAAAUCAUCUCGAAGUUUCCCAAGACACGACCGAUGGUGAGGCCGACGAGGGGAGCAGCGAUGCGGAGCCCGAGAACCCGCCUUCGACCCCGGUGCAGAGCAGUUGGUCCGCGCCUUUGCUGUCACUGGCACGGAAGGCCACGGAGACUAUCAGCGGCGGGGUGAUCUCCUCUGUUACCCCCAAGAACAGCGAUCAAGGGUCCGCUCCGUCCACCCCCACGGAAAACCAGAGCCAAAACGAUGUCAUUAAUUCUGCGAGGAAGUUACCAGUUUUACCCCCAAAGGAUCACAUGUCAAUUGAAAGAUCCAAUCUUCUCAGUAUGAUGAAGCUGAGCAUCAAGGUCCUAAUCCAGUCCUCCCUCAGCCUGGGCCGGACUCUGGACUCAGAGUAUCCUCCACUACAACAGUUUUUUGUCGUCUUGGAACAUUGUCUCAAACAUGGACUAAAAGCCAAGAAGUCUUUUAUUGGUCAGAACAAAUCUAUUUGGGGACCUUUGGAGCUGGUGGAGAAACUGUGCCCAGGAUCUGUAGAUAUAACCACAAGUGCCAGAGACAUGCCGGGCAUUAAGACCGGUUUGGGAAGAGCAAGGGCUUGGCUGCAUUUAGCUCUCAUGCAGAAGAAAAUUGCAGACUAUAUGAAAGCUCUGUUGGACCGCAAAGAUCUCCUAAAUGAGUUUUAUGACCCUGGUGCCCUAAUGAUUGAAGAGGAAGGCUUGGUGAUGGGGGGACUACUGGUGGGAAUCAAUGUUAUUGAUGCUAACCUAUGUAUUAAAGGAGAAGACCUUGAUUCCCAGGUUGGAGUCAUUGACUUUUCGCUUUACCUGAAAGACCCUGCCAACAGUGAAACUUCACAAGAUGAAUCAAAGAUGACAGCUAUAUUAGAUCAAAAGCACUAUGUUGAGGAGUUAAAUCGAAACCUCAGUGGGACAGUUACAGAUCUACAAGCAAAGAUGGACUCUCUGGAAAAGACAAACAGCAAACUUGUUGAGGAGCUGACUGCAGCCACUGACCGAAUAAACUCACUAAGAGAAGAGCAAGAACAGCUGAAAAAGGAGAACGAAUCCAUUCUGCAGUCCAGCCAAAAGAAGGAAGAGGCAGCACUACAGGACAGCCAGGUGGAGCUGGAGACCUACAAGCAGACUCGACAAGGCCUGGAUGAGAUGUACAAUGUGGUGUGGACACAGUAUAAAGAAGAAAAGCGUAUUCGCCAGGAGUUGGAGCGUGAAUUGGAGUUACAAGUUGGUUUGAAGCAAGAAAUGGAGGUUGCCAUGAAGCUGUUAGAGAAAGAUACACAUGAAAAGCAGGACACACUCGCAGCCCUGCGACUCCAACUUGACCAGGUUAAGACUCUGAACCUGCAAAUGUUUCAAAAAGCACAGGCAUCAAAGCAGGAAGCCGAAAAAAAGCAGGCUGAAGCGACCCAGCUCGAGCAGAGGAUGCAUGAAAUGGAAAAGACUUUGAAGGAACUAGAGAAGAGAUUACAAGACUCAGAGCAGGACCGCAGAAACAGUGUUCAAACAGAUAAAAACAUGAAGGACGAACUUGAGGGAAAGGUGGAUGCUUUACAGAAACAACUGUCCGACCUGGAUUCACUCAGGCUGGGUUUGGAGAAUGAGCUGCGAACUGAGAGAGAACAGAGACAAACCCUUCAGAAAACUCUUCAGAGAGAGCAAGACAACAGCACUGAACUACGAACACAGUUACAACAACUGCAGGGCCUCCAUACGGAGAUGCAGGGCCUUAAACAGGAAAAGCAGCAACUACAGCAGAAGUGUGAACAGCAGGAACAGGCUCUACAGGAGAUGGGACUUCACCUCAGUCAGUCCAAACUAAAAAUGGAAGAUUUUAGAGAGGUGAAUAAAGCACUAAAGGGUCACGCCUGGUUGAAAGAUGAUGAAGCGACUCAAUGCAAGCAAUGCCUGAAGGAGUUCUCAAUAUCACGCAGAAAGCAUCACUGUAGGAACUGUGGGGACAUUUACUGCAACAGUUGCUCCAGUAACGAGCUGGCCUUACCCUCUUACCCUCGUCCUGUUCGUGUGUGUGAUAUGUGCCACUCACUCCUACUUGAGAGAAGCAACUCUUCAAAUUCUUGACACAACAAUGUAUCGUAACUGCACAUGCUAAUGUUUUGACUGUACUAGAUGAAUACUAUGAAAUCUAAGCAGAGUUAACUAAUCAGCUGCCAAUGAAAACUAUGGUUAUAUUUUCAAGGUCUUAUAUUACACUAUUUUUUUUUAAUGUUAUGUUGUUUCCACAUCAAAAACAGACCUUGAGUUGUGUUUUGUUUCAUUCACACGUUUAACACACAAACCCUGCAUAUUUAGGCUGUGUACUUCUCUCAAACAGAAAACACUACAUGAAGUGCUCCACUGUGUUUUUAAAUUCCACCCAACUUCACUAGAAUCAUUUGGAUAAUUUUAGCCUUAGAAUUGCCAGUCUCUGCUGAAAUAAAAGGUAAAAGGUAGCUCAACUUGAGAUCUACCGCUUCAUGUCACAAGAUGGACCAGAGCAUUUUGAGAUGUGAAUGAAACAAAACUCUAUUUUUGAUGAGGCAACAUUCUAACAUGGCUUAAGGUUCACCAUUAAGAGUCAAUUUUGCAUAAUACAGGACCUUAAAUGAAACAUCUUCCCAGUAUUAAAUUUUAGUUAAACAGAACUGAAGUACUAGGGGCUCUGCAAUUAAUGUAAUGCUGGAUUCAUGCAGGCUGUAUUAUAAAAAUAAUAUAUUUUAGAAUGUAUUGUAAACUGUCAUUUAAUCUUUCUGAAGUCAUUUGGAUAAACCAGUUUUUCUACCAAAAAAUUUGAUAAAAUAAACUUCUGAUGUCAUGUUUUUUCCAGACUAGUUUAUUCACUUUUGCACAUGAAUUACAAAUACCAUUUAAAGCAGUAGAAACCUUCAUAUCAGCAGAUCUAAAAUGUACCUGCCAGGAGUAGCCCUCAUCUUGAAUAAACUGCCCUGUCAAAAAUGUAUAAAACAAAACAUGCUCUG